UCUAUUUGUGGAUUUCCUAAAACACCCUUUUACAUUCAACUUAUUACUACUAUCCAACCAAACUCAAUUUGCUUUCCCCAGAAAAUCUUAACCCUAGGCUACUCCCACGACUCCAAUCCAAUUGCUCCAACCUCCUCCUCUUUCCCUCUCUCAGGUUUCUGUACGUUGGAAUGCUAAUUCUGUUUCUAAAAGCUUGAUUGGAUAGGAAAACAUCAUUUUUCAAUCAGAGCCUUUUCGUCCAACACCUUGUUCUUGGGAUUAACUUCAUUCAUGCAUGUAUAAUUUGUCGUGUCAUAGAGGUCGUAGAUUAUGGCAGAGCCCUCAAAAGUCAUUCAUGUUCGUAACGUGGGUCAUGAAAUUGCUGAGAGUGACUUGCUGCAGCUGUUCCAGCCAUUUGGAGUUAUCGCCAAACUUGUGAUGCUUCGAGCCAAGAAUCAGGCCCUCCUACAAAUGCAAGAUGUUCCUUCUGCAGUGAAUGCAUUGCAGUUCUACAGUAAUGUCCAACCGAGCAUAAGGGGCAGGAAUGUCUAUAUCCAAUUCUCAUCACACCAGGAACUAACGAUUAUGGAUCAAAGUUCGCAAGCACGUGGAGACGAGCCUAACCGAAUCCUCUUAGUUACGAUACAUCACAUGCUAUAUCCUAUUACUGUGGAAGUGCUGCAUCAAGUUUUUUCUCCCCAUGGAUUUGUAGAGAAGAUCGUCACGUUUCAGAAGUCGGCUGGUUUUCAAGCUCUAAUACAGUAUCAAUCACAUCAAAGUGCUAUCUCAGCUAGGAACGCUCUUCAGGGACGAAAUAUAUAUGACGGUUGCUGUCAGUUAGAUAUCCAGUUCUCAAACCUUGAUGAAUUGCAAGUGAAUUAUAAUAAUGAGCGUUCUAGGGAUUUCACAAACCCUUCCUUGCCUUCGGAACAAAAGGGCAAAUCCUCUCAACCUGGAUAUGGAGAUCCAAGCAUAUAUCCCCAUGCAGUGGGAUUCGCACAGUUGGGCAAUGCUGCGGCAAUUGCUGCUGCCUUUGGAGGGGGUCUCCCACCUGGUAUAAGCGGUACAAAUGAGCGGUGCACAGUUUUUGUAUCUAAUCUGAAUGCUGAUAGAAUGGAUGAGGAUAAGCUGUUUAAUUUGUUCUCGAUAUAUGGGAACAUUAUUAGAAUCAAACUUCUCCGAAACAAACCAGAUCAUGCAUUGGUACAGAUGGGUGAUGGUUUUCAGGCUGAACUGGCUGUUCAUUUUUUGAAGGGGGCUAUGCUGUUUGGAAAGCGCUUGGAGGUUAACUAUUCAAAGCAUCCAAACAUUACAACUGGAGCUGAUACGCAUGAGUACUCCAACUCAAAUCUCAAUCGUUUCAAUCGAAAUGCAGCCAAAAAUUACAGGUAUUGCUGCUCACCAACAAAAAUGAUCCACAUCUCAACUCUCCCCCAGGAAGUAACUGAAGAAGAAAUAGUAAAUCAUUUGGAAGAGCAUGGAACAAUUGCUAGUACAAAACUGUUUGAGAUGAAUGGAAAGAAGCAGGCUCUUGUCCUUUUUGAAAAUGAGGAGCAGGCUACAGAAGCUCUUGUGUGCAAGCAUGCCACUUCCCUUGGUGGUUCAACCAUUCGAAUUUCCUUCUCUCAGUUGCAAACCAUUUGAGAAACUUAAUUGCAAAUUUCAUAGAUGGACCCAUAGACUGUGAAAAGAAGUAAAAGGUGGGAGCAUAAAAUUGAAUCCCUCUCCCCCUCUCUUGUUUCCUUUGCUUGCAAUGGACUAAAACUGUAUACUACUCCAUAAAUUUGUAGUGAUUUUACUGUGGGUUGUGCAACUUUCUUUUCCUCCCAAGUUGGAUGGAUGUCUUCUACUAUCAAAUUGCAUUUCUUACAA